UCGACCUCUCACUUCUUCACUCAGGCUGCUUCAGUGCUGUUUCCACUGUGCAUUUGCUGUUUUACUAGUCACUCUUUACACUCAUUCUUAUAGCCAUUCUUGCAGCCAGCGCCGUUUGCUGUUGCGUCACACUCUUUCACCCCGUUCUGUGCUUUCAAACACUAUAUUAGACGCGCCGCGACCUCAAGUGCUCGGCGCCUCAACCCAAGCUCUGCCAACACUCGCGACGUUUCUUGGAUCUUAUUUUCGGACGAAUUAACAUCACUAUGCGGGGCCUCAUUGCUGCGACCGCGCUGCUCGCCGGUGUACAAGCCGCCGUUGACCCUAUUGUCAUCAAGGGCUCCAAGUUCUUCUUCAAGAGCAAUGGCACCCAGUUUUUCAUGAAGGGUGUUGCUUACCAGCAGGAAGUCAACUCCAACACCACUGCCUCCGAUGCUGAGGAUCUCAACAUCACCGACCCGCUCGCUGACAGCACCUCAUGCAAGCGCGACAUCGAGUACCUGAAGAAGCUCAAGACCAACACCAUCCGUGUCUACGCCAUUGACCCUGAGAAGGACCACAAGGACUGCAUGAACGCGCUGGCCGAUGCUGGUAUCUAUGUUGUCGCUGAUCUGUCGGAGCCCGGCAACUCCAUCAACCGUGACGAUGCCCAGUGGACCACCACCCUGUACUCCCGCUACACCAGCGUCAUCGAUGAGCUGAUGAAGUACGACAACACCCUCGGUUUCUUCGCCGGUAACGAGGUUUCCAACCAGCCCAACAACACUCUCGCUUCUGCUUUCGUCAAGGCUGCUGUCCGUGACAGCAAGGCUUACAUCAAGAGCAAGAACUACCGUGAAGUUGGUGUUGGUUACGCCACCAACGACGAUGCUGAUAUCCGUGAGAACCUCGCCAACUACUUCGACUGCGGUAACAGCGAGGAUGCUAUCGACUUCUGGGGCUACAACAUCUACUCGUGGUGCGGUGACUCUUCGUUCGAGAAGUCCGGCUUCGAUGUCCGCACUAAGGAGUUCGAGAAGUACAACGUCCCCGUCUUCUUCGCCGAGUACGGUUGCAACACCCCUCGCCCUCGUCUUUUCACCGAGGUCGGCACUCUCUACAGCGACAAGAUGACUGAUGUCUGGUCCGGCGGUAUCGUCUACAUGUACUUCGAGGAGGCCAACGAGUACGGUCUUGCUACCGUCAAGGACGGCAAGGUCACCACCAACAAGGACUUCGACAACCUCGCCAAGCAGAUCGCCAAGGUCAACCCCACCGGCGUCAAGAUGUCCGACUACACGCCCGCUAACACCGCCGCUGCCACCUGCCCCAAGGUCGCCAAUGGCAAGUGGGAGGCCGAGUCCGACCCUCUCCCCCCUACCGCCAACUCCCAGCUCUGCUCCUGCAUGAUGGAGACACUCAGCUGCACCGUCGCCGACAAGACCACCGAGAAGGACUUUGGCGACAUGUUCGGCUACGUCUGCGGCCUCAAGGACGGCGAGUACUGCGCCGGCAUCAACCGCAACGUGACCGCCGGCCCCUACGGCGCGUACGGCAUGUGCUCCGCCGAGCAGCAGCUCUCCUUCGCCCUCAACGCCUACUCCAAGGCCGUCUCCGGCGGCUGCAGCUUCAAGGGCAAGGCCACCACCAAGCAGGCCACCGCCUCCCCCACCGCCUCCGGCUGCCCCAGUCUCCUCAAGGAGGCCGGCGUCUCUGGCACUGGCUCCGUGACCUCCGCUCCCCAGACCUCCGGUGGCUCUGGCUCCGGCUCCGGCGCCAACUCCACCGGCGCUGCCUCUGGCCUGGCCGUCCCCGCGCUCGGCAUGGGCAUUGGCCUGUACCUGAUCGGCGCUGUUGCGUCCGGCAUGGCCAUUGUGCUCUUGUAGAGUGUCUAGCUGAGACAGCUGCUGCUGCUGUUGCAGAAAAUGGUUUCUUUGUUCUUUUGCAUUGCUUGCGAUAGAGUGAGUCGAGACGGUGAAUAUUCCCCUUUGUUGUUAGUGAGCGAGCCGGUGGCACGAGGCCGUGGACAAUCCACGAGCCGGUGUAGAGUAAUUUUCCUUCCAUUGUAUACAGAAACGAAGAUAUAAACAUUGCAUAACGCUGUCGUCCCUGGUUCUGAUUCAUAACGCUGUCGUCCUUGUGAUUGCCAUGUGUGCUGUGCAGUGCGCUGUGUAGCUUGUCUCUCGUGCCAGACCUCGCGCUGUCGCAUUCC